AUGGCACCCGGUAGUUUUACCCUCGAUCAGAACUAUGAACUACAGAAAAAUGAACUGGAGGCAAUCAAGUGUAUAUACAUGGAUGAUUUCACUGACAAAACAGUUCAAAAGUCUUCUUGGGACAAGCAUCCGUUGAUACAAUUUGAAAUCUCGCUAAGAUCAACAGACCAAGAGCCUGCAGAAUCUUCAUUGACUCUUGAUGUCACUUUGCCUGCUAAGUACCCGCAAGAACCACCAGUUAUCAGUUUCAAAAAUAUACAAAAUGUUUUGGGAAGCUACCUUGCUUCUAUCAAAGCCGAAAUCAACGAGAUCCACAAACGUUCAAAAGGGCGUGAGGAAAUCAUCUUUGAAAUCACCUCAUUAGUCCAAGAAAAACUAGAUGAAGCUCAAAGCUCUGCGAACACGCAGUCAUUAGAGGACGAGCGACUUCAAAGGAUUGAGGAUGAGAAAAAAAAGCUGGAAGAGGAAGAAAGUAAACGGAAAGAGGACGUCAAGGUCGAGCGACUAAAAGAACAAAAGCUUAUUGAUGAAAUUGUUCGCAAGGAAAUGGAAAAAAGGCAGGAUGACGAUUUGAGCUUUAAACCCGAUAGCACGAUAGAUUUUAACCCACCCAUCGACUGGAUAACAUCGGGGGAAGCGUACGUUUUUCCAAAAAUGAUUCGUGCCAAGCUCCCAAACAAUUCUUUUUACAAGUUCAAAGCUGUAGUAAAUCCUCAGCAAAUCAAACUGAGCAAUGAUCUUCUAGGGUUUUCAAAGCAAUUCCUCGUAAAGCCAUAUAUUCCUCCAGAGUCGCCUCUAGCAAACACCCUGGCAUCCUCUGAUAUUAUGGACAAUUUCUUUUACCUACUGACUAUUGUGACUCUAGAUAACCCUUACUUCAACACAAACAAUGGUAAAAAGGAUAUUUCGAAUCUCGAAAAAGAGCUGGACUCCUUGCUUCAUGUUAGGCAUGAUAAUAUCAACAGGCUUUAUGCUUUUGCUGUUGAACGUACAGGCAGAAGUAAUUCCUCAUACGCCUGGAAGAUAAGAAUUUUAAAUGAAUACUCUCCUCUCUCCCUUGUUGGCGAUGUUGUCGACUCGGUGGGCUACGUAAACAUAGCCACCGCUCGGGGUUGGGUGUUAAGACUUAUAGAAGGCCUGGAAAGUCUGCAUAAGCAAGGUGUGGUUCACAAAAGCGUUAAUUUACAGACUGUCACGCUCGCAAAGGAUGCAGAUUUUGGCACCACUAUUCCGAAGCUCCUUCAUUCUGGAUAUGGCUAUACAAUCUUGAACCUGAUUUCCGCUCACCCAAGUAAAACAGGCCCCAAAAUUGAGAUGAUAGAACAGCCAUGGGUAGCUCCUGAGCUGAUUCGGUUCAAUAACAGCAAACCGCAAAGAAAAACUGAUGUUUGGGAACUUGGUGUGCUGUUUGUACAGACUAUCAAUGGUGCCGAUACAGUUGUAAAAUUUCCCACCCCGCAGGAAUUUUUGAGUAAUGUACCAAUGGAUGAAAGUCUAUUUGAUUUCCUGCAGAAGCUUUUGGAGCCAGAUCUGAAAAAGAGGUUCGGACCACUAGAACUUUUGCCAAUGAAGUUUUUGAGAACAAAUUUAGAUCCCACUAUUAAUAAAAAUUUGUUCCCAGAUUCCACUUCUAUAUCUGCAAUGAAUUCUAGUGCUGCGCUCGCAUCUGGCCCGGAGCCAAGAUCCAGCAUGUCUCUUUCAACAACUUCAGGAGAUAUUAGAAGGCGCAGUUUUAACGUCAGCUCGAGAUAUUCUUCAACAAACCCAUCGAGUAAUUCAAGAUAUGCAACAGAUUUUGAAGAAAUUGCAGUGCUAGGGAAGGGGGCUUUCGGACAAGUCGUUAAGGCAAGGAAUGCCUUGGAUAGUCGCUACUAUGCUGUUAAAAAGAUAAGGCAUUCAGAAGAAAAAUUGUCGUCCAUUUUGAGUGAAGUCAUGCUUCUGGCAAGUUUGAAUCAUCAAUACGUUGUACGUUACUACGCGGCAUGGCUGGAAGAGGAUACUCAAGAGCAAGCAAUUGCUAGUUCAGAUUCGGAAGAAACAGACUCGAUAGAAACAUCAGAAAUAGAGGAUUACACGGAAUCUAGCACAUUCAACAGCACUGGGCAAGCUUUUAACAAUGGUUGGGACUUCAUAUCUAAUUCUCUUCAGGCUUCUAACUAUCCAGAAAUCGUUUUUGCUAACAGUUCUUCGGAGAAUGAAGAGGAAAAAGAAAAAGAAUAUGAAAGCGAAGACUUUGAAAGUAGCGAAGGCGGAUCUUGUGCUAGGACUUCGGCGGAUUUUUCUCUAGACGAGCAGAAAAGGAGUGAUGGUAAAGGCCAUCAAGGCCAGCAAACAAGGCGGAAAGGAGUAUUUUCUGCCGGCGCAUGUACGGGCACUCACGACAUGAGACAAGGGGCCAAGCAUGAUAGCGGAAAGGAUGACAAAGUUGCGCCUCGUUAUGCGGGCAAAGAGACUCAGGCGGAGAGAAGGUUUUCUAGACGUGGAGGAAAAAGCACACUUUUCAUUCAAAUGGAAUAUUGCGAGAACAGAACACUUUUCGACCUCAUUCAUAAUGAAAACUUGAGCGCUCAAAGGGAAGAGUAUUGGAAGCUUUUCCGCGAAAUCUUGGACGCGUUAAGUUAUAUCCACUCGCAGGGGAUUAUCCACAGAGAUCUCAAACCGAUGAAUAUAUUUAUAGAUGAGUCGAGAAAUAUCAAAAUUGGAGAUUUCGGACUUGCAAAGAAUGUCAACAAACCUGUCGACCUUUUACGAAUGGACUCUCAUAUGAGUGCGGCGAGUGCAGAAGAUCUUACUUCGGCGGUCGGAACAGCUCUGUACGUCGCGGUUGAAGUACUAAGUGGGAGCGGAAACUAUAACGAAAAGAUUGACAUGUAUUCAUUGGGCAUCAUUUUCUUUGAAAUGGUCUACUCAUUCAAUACUGGCAUGGAACGAGUUAAUGACAUAAAAAAGUUACGGUCUAGUUCGAUUGAAUUUCCUUCUGAUUUUGAUGACACCAAGUUGGCUGUCGAAAAAAAGAUCAUAAAGCAGCUUCUUGACCACGAUCCUAAAAAGAGACCGGACGCAAAAACACUCCUCCGUAGUGGGCUACUCCCAGUGAAGCAUCAAGAUGAUGUGAUUAAAGAGGCAUUACGAAACCUUGCCGAUCCAUCUUCACCAUGGCAGCAACAAGUCAAAGAGAGCCUUUUUGCUCAACCUUACAGCGUCACCAAUGACAUUUUGUUUGAUAACCAUAAAGUUUUCUCAACGCCUUUCAACCAACUGUUAAAAUCACAAAUGAUGGAAGAGAUCGUAAAAAUCUUCAAGCGACAUGGAGGAAUCGAGAACAAUGAGCCUCCGAUGAUAUUUCCGAAAGCACCUGUUUACUCGACCCAAAAUGUUUACGAAGUUUUGGACAAGGGAGGCUCUGUAUUACAACUACAGUAUGACCUUACAUAUCCUAUGGCGCGGUAUAUCUCUAAAGGCCCUAAUUGUGUUUCUAAGCAAUACCGAGUGCAGUAUGUUUAUCGACCACCUCAACACGCCCAGCCAAGUACUGAGCCGCGGAGAUUUGUGGAAGUUGAUUUUGACAUCAUAACUCCGCCCAAUUCUGAGACACCAUUAUAUGACGCUGAAAGCAUUAAAGUGAUCGACGAAAUUAUUAUCCAACUCCCUAUUUUUGGGAAAACCAACACGAUUUUUGCCGUCAACCAUGCAGAUAUCCUAGAAAGUGUAUUCAAUUUUUGCUCAAUUGAUAAAGCGCAGCGAUCUUUAGUUUCGCAUAUGCUUUCGCAAGUUGGGUUCGCAAAAACUUUCAAAGACGUCAAAAACGAACUAAAGUCAGUGUUGAACAUCUCUUCAACUUCACUCAACGACCUUGAGCUAUUUGACUUUCGCCUUGAUUUCGAAAGUGCUAGGAAGAGAUUGCAGAAGGUCAUGAUGGAUAGUCCUUUUCUGGCUAAGGUUGAAGAGUCCUUGCAGUAUAUUUCCAAAGUUAUCAAUUUUUUGAAGCCAUUGAAGGUUAGUCGUAAUAUUAUCAUUUGCCCUAUAAGCAAUUACAACUGGGGCUUUUACAAGGGUAACAUAAUGUUCCAGGCGAUUUAUGACGACGACAAAUCGAGAAGCCUUAUUGCGGCGGGAGGGCGUUACGACAGUUUGAUAUCCUUAAUUGCUAGGCCUUCUGGAGGUAAAAUAAACAACAUUCAAAGAGCCGUGGGCUUCAACCUGGCUUGGGAGACAAUACUAGCCGUUGCGCAAAACUAUUUUAAGCUAGCAACUGGGAAAAGCACCAAAAAGAGGAGCUCUUUGAUGAAGGAUGUGCCAUUGGAAUGGAAACCUAUGAGGUGUGAAGUGCUAGUUUCAAGCUUUUCGAAAACUAUUCUCAACACUAUAGGCGUCGAAACAUUGAACCAGCUCUGGAAGGCUGGAAUCAGCGCGGAUUUUGUGCACAGCUGCUACACGGUCGACGAUGUUGUUUCGGCGGCUCAAAGAGAUGGCGUCAAUUGGAUUAUUUUGAUCAAACAACAAAAGUACUCGGCCCCAAGUAACAAGAGAAAAUACAAACCCCUCAAAGUAAAGAAGCUUGGAAGUGAGCUUGAUGUUGAUCUCGACUUUGAUGAGUUUUUGGCAAUCUACCAGCAGGAGGCAGAGUCAAAAUUUAUUAGCAGUGAUUUUCCUCAAAUUUUAGAGAGUAAUCCAGUAUCCCCAGAUGAUAAGCGAUGGGAAGACUUCACCAGCACAGAGGAGAGCCAAGACGGUGCUAGUGAUACUUCUGCAAUUGGCAAAACCGCCCAAAAGGUCGUUUAUAUUCCAAACAUGGCAACCAGAGCCAAAAAGUCAAAUAAAAAAGACAAAUGGGUGUACGAAGAUUCGGCAAGAAACGCAUCUCGGGCCAUCAUCUCAAGUUUGUCAACUGCUCCAAUUUUUGCAGUUGAUGCUGUAAGGGAUGAAACUUUGGAGAUUAUAUCAGUCACCUCUUUAGCUCAAAAAGAUGAAUGGCUUAGAAAGAUUUUCGGGGUUGGCAACAAUUCCGCCCCAAGGAGCUUUGCUACGAGCAUCUACAAUAAUUUAGCCAAAGAAGCAUCCAAGGGUGGAAAAUGGGCCAUAGUUCACUGUGAUAAAACGGGGAAAUCAUGCGUGGUAGAUCUCCAGCGCUAA